UGCGGGAGCCAUGGCGGCAUCGGAGGCGGCGGCGGCGGCGGGGUCCGCGGCUCCGGCGGCAGCUGCCCCGACUGUCCCGGAGGCCGCGAGGGGAGCCGCCGCCGCCGCCUCGGGGCCAUGGGGACCUCCGGGACCCCGGCUGAGAGGUAGCCGCCCGCGACCCACGGCGUCGAGGCAGCAGCCCGCGGCCCCGGCGCCGCCGGCCCGGGAGCUGAUCCAGCCGUCGGUAAGCGAGUUGUCCCGGGCCGUGCGGACCAACAUCCUGUGCACCGUGCGCGGCUGCGGCAAGAUCCUGCCCAACAGCCCCGCGCUCAACAUGCACCUGGUCAAGAGCCACCGCCUGCAGGAUGGCAUAGUAAAUCCAACAAUAAGAAAAGAUUUGAAAACCAUACCAAAAUUCUACUGUUGUCCAAUUGAAGGAUGUCCUAGAGGCCCUGAAAGGCCAUUUUCUCAGUUUUCUCUUGUAAAACAGCACUUCAUGAAGAUGCAUGCCGAGAAGAAGCAUAAAUGCAGCAAGUGCAGCAAUUCCUAUGGCACCGAGUGGGACUUGAAAAGACACGCAGAGGACUGUGGCAAGACCUUCCAGUGCACGUGUGGCUGUCCCUAUGCCAGCAGAACAGCAUUGCAGUCUCACAUCUACCGAACUGGCCACGAGAUCCCUGCAGAACACAGGGAUCCACCUAGUAAAAAAAGGAAAAUGGAAAACUACCUGCAAAGCCAGAAAUUGUCCAAGAAAACUAGUGAAUCCUUGAGCAACCAACCAGUGCCUCAGCCAGACCCUCAAGAACUAAAACCUUCAGAGAGAAAACUAGUAGCUUCUUUUGAAGACUCUUGCAGCUCUAGUGCCAGGAAGCAGAGUGUCACGACACCUCCUAGAUACCCUCAGAAGUUGCUUUUACCAAAGCCCAGAGUGGCUCUGGUCAAACUUCCGGUCAUGCAGUUUUCUCCCAUGCCUGUCUUUGUGCCUACAGCCGACUCUUCGGCCCAGCCAGUGGUGUUAGGUGUGGAUCAGGGCUCCUCGGCAGGUGCUGUGCACUUAGUGCCCUUGUCAGUAGGAACCCUGAUCCUUGGUCUGGAUUCAGAGGCUUGCUCUCUGAAGGAGAGCCUACCUCUCUCAAAAAUUAUCAGUCCUGUUACCGAGCCUGUUAGUACAGGUGUUCAAGUGAACUUAGGUAAAAGUCCAUCUCAUCCUUUGCAAGAACUAGGAAACACAUGUCAAAAGAACAGCAUUUCUUCAAUCAACAUACAGACGGAUCUGACCUAUGCCUCACCAGACUUGAUACCUUCUGCUCAGUGGCUUGGCCCCGACUCCUCUGUGUCGUCCUGUUCCCAGACUGAUCUGUCCUUUGAUUCUCAAGUGUCUCUCCCCAUUAGUGUUCACACCCAGACGUUUCUGCCCAGCUCUAAGGUAACUUCGUCCAUAGCUGCUCAGACCGAUGGGUUUAUAGACACCUGUUUCCAGCCAGGUGGGAUCUCCAGAGAAACCCAAACCAGUGGGAUGCAAAGCCCCACAGAUGCUCAAGUACCGAUGGACCAAGCUGGAAUGUGCAGAGACAUUUUUGAGAGUGUGCACUCAUCAUAUGAUGUUCAAACAGACAAUAUCAUAAGUAGCAGUCUAGCAGCAGAGACAGUGACUCACGGUUUGUUACCUCAGAAUGACCCUAAGACUUUAAAUCAAGAUAUGGAGAAAUCUGCACCCAUUUUAAACUUCAGUGCACAGAACAUGACAGAUAACCAGACCCAAACCAUAGAUUUACUCAGUGACUUAGAAAACAUCUUGUCAAGUAACCUUCCUGGUCAGACACUGGAUAACCGGAGUCUUUUGUCUGACACAAAUCCUGGGCCUGACACCCAGCUCCCAUCUGGCCCAGCCCAAAAUCCCGGGAUAGAUUUUGAUAUUGAAGAGUUCUUUUCAGCCUCAAAUAUCCAGACUCAGACUGAAGAGAGUGAACUUAGCAGCAUGAACACUGAGCCAGUCUUGGAAUCACUGGACAUAGAGACCCAGACCGACUUCUUACUCGCAGACCCCUCUGCUCAGACCUAUGGGUGCAGGGGGAGUUCGAACUUCUUAGGCCUGGAGAUGUUUGACACACAGACACAAACAGACUUAAACUUCUUCUUAGACAGUAGCCCUCCUCUGCCCCUAGGCAGCAUUCUGAAACACUCCAGCUUCUCCAUGAGCACUGAUUCAUCUGACACAGAGACGCAAACCGAAGGAACCUCCGCCACUAGACACACACCUGCUUUAGAGAGCAAGGUUCAGUUGAACAGUGCAGAGACACAGACCAUGCGUUCUGGCUUUGAAGCCCUGGGAAGCUUGUUCUUCACCAGCAAUGAAACUCAGACAGCGAUGGAUGACUUUCUUUUGGCUGAUUUGGCCUGGAACACGAUGGAGUCUCAGUUCAGCUCUGUAGAAACUCAGACAUGUGCCGAGCUGCACACAGUCUCCAACUUCUGAAGGUGGAGUCCACACUGCGACAGUAUCUGCUGCUCCCUUAUGGAUUUAGAACACGGCACAGGGACAACAGUGCUGGCUAUGGAAUGUAUUAGGUGAUGUGGCUGUUUAUCCUCUGUGGGUCUUUGCCUUUUGUACUUGUAAACAUGAAAUCUGUGUAUAAAUGUGAGUGUAUAUAAAGUGUAAGUUGACCUAAAAACAAAUGUGUGGCCUACAUUUGCUCCUUCACAACUAGUCUUUCCAUCUUUUUUUUUUUUAAAUUUCACAGCUAUAAAACCCAUACAGCCAUUUAGCUGAAGCCAGGCUUUCCAGGUACGAGAGUGCAAACUUAAACCUUCAAAAUGUUUUAGUGAAGUGUAAUACACUUAAACUGCACCUAAAACACUUCAGCCGAUGAUGCCUCUGUGGUUGGAGACUCCUGCUCAGCAGCUGCGUCUGCUUUGCUGUCUCACACAAGGGAAACUGCAGCUCGCUUUAGAUUUUGCUGGUUAUCGUGUGGUCACUGUCAUCCCUGCUCUCACGGGCUGUUACUGCUGCCAGCAUGAGUGUACAGUCCUUACUCAGUUUGUUGCUGCAAAGUUGCUGCCUAGCAAAAGAGCUAUAAGCACUUAGUGUAAAUAGCCAUCCUUCUAGUACAAGUGAGGCAUCGAAACCACAGGAACCUAAGUGGUGAAAUCAUGCCUAUUUCUUUGAAAAGAAAACUUUCCUCUGCUUUCCACCACCAUCGAUCCAGAAGACGUCUGAUCAAAUGUGUGCGUUUCCCCAUGCCAGCCGGCAGCCAGUUCUGCAGCAGACACCCAGCUUGGUGUCUUCUGGUGCCAGGCAGUUCUGACAGUGCCUGGAGUCCAGGCCUCCAGAGCCUCUAACCAGCUAGAAAUUGGGAAUCCCGUGACCCCUUCCUUGCGGUCAGUUAAUUUGUUAGCUCAUCUCACAGAACUCAGGGAAGCAGUGUUACUGCAGAGGACACAGAUGAAAAGACAGGGUGAGGUGCGUGGGAAGGGUCGCAGGCCUCCACACCCUCUCCUGGCACAUCACCUUCCUGGAACCACCACGUAUAUGUUCAGCUAUCUAGAAUGCUCGAAAGUCCUUUGGGUCUGGGGGGAGAAAUGACCCAAACAUUGUAUGCACAUAUGAAUAAAAGAAAAAAGUCCUUUGGGCUUUUAAUAGGAGCUUCAGUAAAUGGGCAUGAUUGAUUAAUCACUGGUGACUAACAACCUUCAACUCUUCUCCCCUCCCUGAAGGUUGGUGGGAAAGUGAGGUGGAAAAUGUCCCUAACCCUCUAAGCAUGCCUUGGUCUCUUCUGUGACCAGUCCCCAUCCUGAAGCUACCUAGGGGCUACCAGCCACCAGUGAUCCCAUUAGCAUGUGAACAAAACACUGUGGCAUUACAAGAUAUUAGGAGCUGUGUGCCAGGCAGGAAGACCAAAUAUAUAUUUCACAUUGUUAACGUCUGUUUGCAGUUGUCCUUCCUGCUCUCCACAGCAGGCCAGAGUGGGGCUCCAGAGCAGACUCCAUAGCAAACCCAGGCUGUGUACAAGUUUGUCUCUCUAAAGUGUUAAAAAUGACCAGUUGGGGAGAGGAAAGGACUUUCCUGCCUUCCCCCAUUUCAGUACUUUUCACUUCUAAGCUUGAUAGGGCAAGUAGUUUUAAUUACUUUAAAGAAUUUUAAAGUGACCUUUCCCUUCAGUAAGAAACACUUUGGUCCGGCAAGGAUGUUAUUUGUGCUUUGAGGCUAACAAAUAUGGAAUAGAUUCAUGUAAAGUGUGAUAUUCUGCAUUUUGUUGC